ACCACCGGAAACGCAUCUAGAUUGAAUAACUUCGUGAUUUUAUUGGACGCCAGGGAGUUCAUAUUUUUAUAAAAUAAGCAACGGACAGAAGGAACAUAACGGAUUUAACUCGACGAGCGUAGUGUGACAAAGAAAAUGUUAUUUGAAAUGUAAUAAAAUUUUAAUUAAAUGAGCAGUAUGUCGGAGGAAGAUGAACGUAGAAAACGUUCAUUGGAAGCUGGGAGAGAUUUGUUGGAAAAAUAUAAAAUAGCACGGUCAAAUAAAACACAAGGAAUGCAUUAUGUUCAGACAGAUGAACAGUCUGAUGAAGAAUCUUAUCAUAAUGAUAAAUCAAUGGACCAAAGAGGAUCUUUUAUAAAUGAAGUUAUGUCUUCGAGAGAUAUAACACAAAGUAGCGUUAGUAUGAGCGAAGGUGAAGCAGAUAGAGAUUUAGAGGGUAUGGCAGGACGUGUAGCUGAAUUAGAAGAACUAUUGCAAGGGAAGGAAGCCAUUGUAGCAGCAUUGAAUGCAGAAAUUGAUCAUCUUAGAGGAGAAACAUCUUCUCCGAACUCUUCGCAAAGUCAUAAUAGCAGUAUUCCUAGUAGAGAUGUAAUAUGUUUAUAUCAUACGAAAUUACAAGAAUUUGAAAAAGCAAUAAAUCAAAGAGAUAAUUUAAUAGAAGAUUUGACAUCUUCCUUGGAACAAGCAUUGUCUGCAAGAGAUGCACUUGUGGCACAACUUAAUUCUUUAAAUUCAACAAGAGAGUCUAGCCCAAGAGGCAUGCAUAGUAUAAAUUUGCAAGAAAAAAUCGACAUGUUAGAAACUACUUUAACCAAUCAAAAAGCUGUCAUAAGUAAAUUAAAUUCUCAAUUGGCACAAAUUCAUAAACAUGUUCAGACAUUAGAAAUGGAAAAGGAAACGCGAAAUGCCGAGAUUAGUGAUUAUAAAAUACAAAUUAAUAAUUUGAAUGAACAAAUUCGGGUUGGUGCUGCUGAAAAAAAUUUAAACAUUGCAGAGAUGUUGGAACAACAAAAGCAAUAUGAAGCACGCGUUGAUAAAAUAAAACAAGAUAUGCAACAUAUUUUAGAGAAAUUCACAGCUGAAACCAAUACAAAUACUGCUAGACAUCAGCAGGAAAUAAAGGAUUUAUCAAUAAAACAUGAAACUGAAUUAAAAAAUAUUUGCGUGAAAUAUGAGGAACAAUUGCAGUCAUUGAAAGAAGAAAAUAAAUUAUUAGCUGAUCGUUUAAAUAAAGAAUUACCAGAUUUAGAAAGUAGACAUGCCAAAGAAUUAUCAGUUUUUCAAGCACAGUUGGCACAUUAUAAAAAAACCGUUGAGACUUUAAAACUUGAGUUGGUAAACCGUUCAGAGGCUCAAAAUAGAGCUCAAGCUGAAGCUGAUAUGUUUAAUUCCAAACUUGAAGAGCUUCAAGUACAAGCAGAGAAUAACCGUCGCUUGCAGGAACUAAAUAAUCAAAAGGAGAAAGAAUUAUUGAAUGAACAGAUUGAAUUGCAUAAAAUUCAAUUAGAUGAGAUAACUUCGAAAUACGUAGCUGCUACCACUGUAUUAGAAUCUAAAGAAAGUAUUGAACGUUCAUUGGAUCAGGCAUUGAUAAAUGCUGCUACAUUGAAACAGGAAAAUGAUGGAUUGAAAUUUCAAUUGGAUGAUUUAUCAUCUAGAUAUUCAGCAGCUCAAUCUCUCAUUGAAAAUAACCAAGCGCACGAGCGUACCAUGAGUUCUAGAAUAUAUGAUUUAGAAAAAUCAUUGUCAAGACUCAGUGGUAUAAACGUUAGUAUGCUUAGUGAGUUUAAUGAAACUACUUAUCAGACUUUCGAUGAGGUAACCAUUAAAUAUCAAUUAACAAAACAAAGACUCGAGGAGAAGGAACAAUUGGAGAAAGUAUUACUAGAACAAAUACAAAAUUUAGAAGAUAAUGGAUGUAAAAUGAUAAAGGAAUUGGAACAGGCUAAUCUUAUUAAUAAAUCUUAUGAGAAACAAUUGAAGGAUACGAAAAAUAUGUGCGACAAAUUAGAAUCUGAAAUGAUAUCUAUGAGAGAAUCAAAUUUGACGAAUUAUGUGCCUUCGGAAAAUAUUACGAGUAACGAUACUAGAAAUAUAAAUGUCAUAGAUAAAAGUGAUUCUAUUGAAAUGCUUCAGAAACUAACGAUCUAUGAGAAUGAAAUAAAAGAAUUAAAACGUAUCGUAGAACAAAAGAACAUUGAAACUACAGAUAAUACGAAAAAACUAAAUGAACUGGCAGAACAAAUGAAACAUUCGGAGGAUGAGUGUAAACAAUUAAAAAAUGGUUUGGCAAUAGCUUGGGCACAAUGUGCAGAAGUUGAGGAAAAAUUAAAUCAGACAUUGGCAAUACAAGACAGUACUAUAGACAUAUCUUUACCAUUAUCAGAAUUUUGUGCAGCUUUACCUAAACAUUUUGGACAUAAUAAGACUACUAAAGAUUUUACAAAUGACACUCAAAAUUCGUUUAACGAAACUGAUAAUUUAGAUGUUAUUAAGGAACAAUAUGAUGAGAAAAUAAAAUCUAUGCAAAAUGAAGUGAAAUAUCUUACGCAAGAAAAUGAGAAUAUGUUUAAGGAAAUGGAACAUUUGAUAGAAAAGCAAUCAAAUUAUGAUGAGAUAUCAAACAAAUUACAUCAGUAUUGUGUGUUAUGUGAUAAAUUAGAAUCGGAGAAGCAAUCUUUAUUGGAUGAAAAUAGAAAAUUGAAAGCGGAUUGGGAAGAAAUAAAUGUAUUACAUAAAUCGUUGGACGAUUUGCAAGUAGAAAAGAAUAAAUUGCAAAAGGAUAUAGAUAAUUUGAUUGAACAGCACAAACAUGAGAUAAGUGCUAUUAAAGCAGAUUGUUCGAAGGAAUUAAAAGCAAUGCAAACACUUUUACUUAAUGUGAAAGAAGGAAAUAUCGGAUUGAAUGAAUUGAAGAACGAAUUAGAAAUACGUCAUGCUAAAGAGAUGGAAGAAUUAAGAACAUAUUUUGAACAGAAAUGUUUGCAAAUGGAAAAACAAUAUUCCGAGGAAGUAUUUAGUCAGCAAUCGAAAAAAAUGUCCGAUAAUGACAGUGAAAUUGAAGAAUUAACGGAAGAUGUAUAUUUUGGAGGUGCAGGAGAUUGUUUAAAUGUUGGAAACGUAUCUGGACAUCACUCUAGAAGCGGUACACCUGUUAUCACGACUAAAGAAACAAAACAUAAAAUUUCUAAUGAGGAUUUGUCUAACGUAGAAUCAGAACAUGAAACAAGUAUUAAGACACUAAAACAACAAUUGGAUAAGAAAAAUGUUGAAAUACAAAAUAUAAAAUUAUAUUAUGAAAAAUUAUUAGAGGAUCAAAAAGAGAUACACAAGAAUCAAUUGAAGAAUGUAAAAUUAGAUAUUGGCCCUUCAUUUUUACCAAAACCAAUUGAACAGUGUUGUCAAACAGAGUUUGAUACAAGAACACUGGAAAAUGGUGAACUAUCCAAGUUGCAAGCUGCCUACAAUCAUCAAUUAGAAGAACAGGUGGCAUUAGCUAAACUUGACAUUGUCAACGCUCUUCAGGAACAAAUUCAGGCACUUUUAUUAGUUGAAAAUGACGGGGAAGAUAAUUGGCCAUCCGAAUUAAUAACACUACGAGAUAAAUUAACUAAUAACGCUAAGCAACAAAUACAAGAAUUGAAAGAAAAUCAUGCUGCCGAGGUGCUUCGUUUAAAAGAACAAUACUCUUACAAUUUAGCUCAAUUAAUUGAAAAUCAUAAAGAAGAAAUUCAUAAGAUUAAAGCUGGGAUGAUGCCUGAAGAUUUUGAAAAGGAAAUUGACAUUGAUAAUUCUGUAGUUCCCUUGAAAAUUGGAAUUAAAGAAAGAGAUCAUUUACAUAAGAUGUGUUUCACUCUUAAAAAUUUAAUUGGAGAAUUGAUAAAAUAUUUUGCUGUUUGCGAAGAAGAAGUCAAUAAUACUCUUAUCAAUGAAGUUUUAAAAAGACAAAUGCCUUCAUUAAAUUCAAAAGAAAAUAUUUCGAGCACAGUAAUUGAUCAUUCUAAAAUAUCUGAAGUAAACCAUGAAAAAAAUGAAACUAAAGUUCAUCCAAAUACCUCUGAAGUAAAAGUUAAGAAGGUUCAUUUUGCUCCACAAUCCGAUGAAAUUAUAUCAAUUAUAAAUAGUGAUAAUGAAACAUUAAGGGGUAUACUUGUUAAAAAUGAAGAUGUAAUAGAAAAAUUACGAUCUGAAUUAAAUAACAGCUUACAUAGAUUGAGAACAGAAAGUGCAGAAGUAUUUAAUAUUUCACUUUCACCUGACGAGAAAUUGGAUAUAUCUUCAAACAAUAUAUGGAAAAAAAAUAUUAUUGAAGAACUAACUAUGAAAUUAAAUCAUACUGAAGGUUUAUUAUUAAAUUAUCAGGAAGAAUCAGAACAAUUGAAAAUGAACAUUAUUGAGCUUCAAAGGAAAUUGAUUAAUGCCGAAAACAAAAAGGAAAUUAUUACCGAGGGUUAUGGUGAACACGACGAAACUAGAAAUGACAUUACUCUUCAAGAUUUUUCACAAUUACAAGAAAAAGCAAGACAUGUAUUGUCCAAUGGCGGUGGUGAGGGUUCAUAUUUAUUGCAAUUAAUAGAAGAAUUAUGCACACAAAGUGACAAAUUAAUGGAAGAUGCAAGAAAGGAAAAAGAAGAUUUGCAACAACAGCAGGUGCCUUUAGAAACUACUUCUCCUUCAUACAUUCACAGGGUUUGCUGUGGAAAGAUCGAAGCAGCGGACAAACAAUUAAAAGCAACGCGUACAUUUUUGGAAGAACAAGCAGCAGAACGUGAGGCUGAACGAGAUGAUUCUGCCAAACAAAUAAAUCAUUUGCAAGAGCAAUUGAAAGAACGAGAACGUGAAAAAGAAAGAGAUCAACGUAUAACUUCUGAGAAUUCACUAUCACCCGAUUCAUCGACAGAAAUACCUGUGCUUCAAGUAAUCGACAUCGCCAAAACAGUGGAAGCUUUAGAAUCACAAAUGAGAGAAAUGUCCUCUAUGAUGUCUGAUACGGAAGCUAAAAAAUCUGAGACUGAAAGUGAACUUAAAGCUGCAGUUGAUAAAAUAUGGGUUUUAAGAGACAUUGUACACGAUUUGGAGCAACAAUUGCAGGGAAAGAUUGAAAGAGAGGAAUCAUUGCAACUUCAAAUUACACAAUUGGAAGCAAUAAUUACUGCUCAGACGAAAAAUCAACAAGAUCUUGUACAGGAAUUAGAUUCCAUAAAGAUGGGUGAAACGAGUAGACAAAUAAAUGAACAUAUUACUCAUUUACAGGAAGAAUUAAGGAAGCAUAAAUUGAGCUCUGAACACUUUGAUGCUAAUUCUUCUACAUUGAAACAAAUGAAAGUUGAACUUCGAGAUUUACAACUUCAAUUGGACAAGAGAAUUAAAAAUUUGGAAUCUUUACAUAUUUCUGAUUCUACCUUAAGCAUCAGUCAAAGUCAGCCAAGCGAAGAUGUUUCCAUCAGAGAACAAAUUGAUGCCACUAGAUGUCCUACGCCAGAUGAUCCUACAGCUCCACCAAUUUUACCUCUUGACGAAAUACUUAAACUUAAGGAGAAAAUCUUGAAGCAUGCUAGGGUUGAGGAAGCUGCUUUCAAAAAGAUCAAGGAUUUGGAGAUGGAAUUGUCAGGGCUCAAAAAUCAAAAUGAGGAAUUACAAGCGGAACAAGAAAUAUUACAACAAACGGCAUCUGAACAAUUGUAUCAAAUGGAAGCAAUGCGUGGUCGUUUGGAACAACAAAAACAAAGUGCUCCGUUUGCUCAAAGGCAAGCAACAUCAAGAUUAGAACUUGAAUUACACGAAGCUAAUACCAAGAUUCAAGCAUUGGAACAAACCAUUUCUGAUAAGGAAUUAGAGUUAAAUGAUGUGAAGGAUCAGCUGCAGAGAUCUAAUCAGUUAUUAUUAGAGAAAGAAGCAGAAAUUGCAAACGUCGUUCAAUUAGAAAGUAUGACAAUUCAGAAACUGAAAGAUCGUUUAACUGUUUUAGAAGAUGAGAAGAAGAAUCUGCAGUCAAAGGUCGGAAUUCAGGAACAAGCUCAAUUGGAGUUACCGCAAUUAAUUGAUUCUAUGUUAGCUGAUAAAAAUGAAGAGAUAGAUCAUCUUAAGGAACAGUUGGCUAAAAAAGAGAAACAAUUAGAGAUCUAUUCGUCUGUGACAUUGGACGAGGGACAGCUUAGAGAAUUAGCCAAACAUAUAGAACCAAAAAAUAGUGCUCGUACUUUGAGCGACAUACUUUCUAUUCAUUCUGAGUGCGAAGAUGUUUCCGAAGUAAUUAGAUGUGGUCAAAGUUUAGUACAGACUAUACCUCAUAAUAUUUCUAGUUUUAAAGUUCCAUCGGUUUCUCCAUCGUCUAAAGAAGGAUUGGAUGCAUCUGUCAUUCCUUUGUUAGAAACUAACAAAAUGAGUAUACAAGUACCCCCGUUAGACUUAGGCUCACAUUCUCAAAGUACGUACAAUCAGAAUUUACAUGUAUCCGUUGACAUUGAUUUACCUAAUAACGAGACAGAAUCGAAAAUAUCUAAUGAAGACGUUGGGGAUGCAAUUGAUACGAACAAACCAUCUGUCGAAUCCAAACAAACGAUACGUACUCCUGUUAAAAAAGAAAUUUCAAGUACGAAUGUAUUGUACGCGAGUAAUAAAAGAACAAACAACGACAGUUCUCAGGAUAGUUUCAAAUCUUAUCGAACGUCUGCGACGCAUACACGAGAAUUUGACAAUGAUGAGACGAUGCAAUUGCAAGUCCAACAAUUAGAAAAAGAAUUGCACGAGAUAAAGGAAGAAUUAAAUGACAAAAUAACGAUAUUGGAGAAACGUGAAAGUGAAUUAUUGACAUUACGUAAACAACUUAAUGAAUUGCAAUUAGAGCUGAAAGAAACUUGCGAAACUCAGACACGCGAUAAGAACUUUUAUAAGAAUCAAUACGAAUUGAUGCAAGCGUCCGAAAAUAAGAUAAGGAAAGAUUUAUUACAGGUGGAAAAUACAUUGAAAUUAAAGAAAAAUGAAUUGCAGGAUAUGAAGGAUAAAAUGCAAACGAAUGAAAAGAUAAUGAUUGAAUUGAACUCUGAGAAUUCUAGAUUAAGAGAGACCAUGCAAAGUAAGAACGAAGAAAUUGUGGAAAAAUAUAUUGCAUCGAUUCAAGAGAAAGCACGAGAAUUACAAAGCCUUCAGGAUGUUUUGUCAGAAAAGGAAAUCACUAUUGAAACUAUUAGAACAAGAAACAUUGAAAUUGAAAAUGAGAAUAAACAAUUAUACGAAUAUAAGAAAAAAUGGGACCAAUGUGAACGAGAACUUAUAGAUAGUCAAAGUGAAAUUCAAAGAUUGACGGAUGGAUUAAACAAUAGAGAUCAGAUUAUUAGAAGAUUAGAGGAAAUGGCAAGACGUAGUAGUUUUUCGGGUACAUCCUCGCCAUCCGAUUGUAAGGAUCAGGAGAUACAUCAUCUUCAAGAAUAUUUAAAAGAGAAGGAUAAAGUUAUAAGACAGAUGAGCGAUGAUAGUAGAAGUUUACACAGAGCAUUAGAAACUAUUCAAAGUAAGAUGAAGGAAUCUGGCAAUGUGGUAGAGUUGAGGAAAAAACUUAAAGAGGAGUAUAAAAUCAAUGGAGAAUUGAAAGAUACAAUUGAAAGAUUGACUAAAGAACUUGAAGUUUUGAGAGAAUAUUCUGCACGUCGAUCGCAGGACGAUACUGAUAUCGAAGAUAUGGUAAAAAGAGAACUUAAUUUAUCAGCUCGUUUGGAUAAACAAAUUAUGAAUGCCAUCGAUAGCGAUCGAGAGGAAAUGAUAUUGCAAGGAAGAGAAAGAGAAUCUAUAUCACAGUGUUCAUCACCUUAUAAAAAAGGAAUUGAAGACAAUCAAUAUGAAAUAUUGGUACGAAAGUGUGCGGAUCUUAAAUUACGAUUAAAACAGGCGGAUAAGGUUAAUGAGGAAUUAUUGAAAUUGAAGGACGAAUUGGAAAUCGAAAAGGAAAUGCUUAAGUGUCAGGUAGCGGAAUAUGAAAAUCGCAUCUUUCAAAUAAAGUCAGAUUUGGUCGAAGAGUCAAAGAAAAUAACGGAACUUGACAAGGAACUAUCGGGUGAAAGGAAUUUAGUACGUUCUUUAAAAUUACAAAUGGAAAAGAAUCAAAAAUUAAUGCAGUCGGCUCACGUACAAAAUAACGAACUUAUCGAGUGUUUGCAAGAAAAGUUAAAGUCGUCACUUGUGAUAGAAGAAAAAUUGAGAAAUGAGAUAUCAUCGAUGCGCCAAGAGCAUAAAAAUUUGGAAAUACGAUUGAGCUCUAUGAGGGAACACAUUGAGUCGCAAAAGAUUGAUCAAUUGCCUGGUCUGGUUGAUCUUUUGAAAACCGAACAAAUGAAGUAUAUAGCGUUGGUAGAGGAGUAUGAAAAGGAACAGAGAAAUAAUUCAGAAUUAAGAGAUAAUUUGAAGAAAAUUGAAACUGAAAGAAAUCGUUACGAGAAACAAUUGGAGAUUGUAAUUGAGGAGAAAGAAAGUUUAGUAAGUAGUUUGGUACUUGUCGAAGGUAUUAAAGAACAAUUGGAGACCGAUCUUAGAAGAAUUAAAGAGGAAUUAAAGGGAAAGGAGAAUGAGUGCGAAUGGUUACAGAAAAGGAUUAAAACUAUGUCCGAUGCCGAAGCAAAGAGACAGGAUAAAAGGGCUAGCGAGCAUUACGAGCUCAAAGGAUUAAGGAGGGGACUUGAAAAUGCGAGAGAAGUUAUAAUAGAUUUGGAAGCUGAUAUGAAACAAUCGAAACAAGAAUUAAAGGAAUUUGGAGAGCGUGAAUCAAAAUUGCGACAAAAGUUGGACAGUUUCAAAACUAAGGAAAUCGAAUUAAUGGAAAAAUUAAGUUUAUCCAAGGAGGAAGAGAGGAAACAAAGAGAGCUGGCAUUUGAAUUGCAACAAAAGUUAAAAACUUGUGUUAAGAAAAUGGUGGAUCUUACGAAAGAAUUAGAUAAUAGAUCCGCAAAGGAAAAUAACGAUCCAGCUAAAUAUAUGAACAGGAUUAAGGAAUUAACUGACGCAAAUGAAAAAUAUUCCAACGAGAAGGAUAUACUACAUUUUAAAUUGACCAAAAUUAAACACGAUAAGGAUCAACUGAAACAGCAGAUAAAAGAACUCCAAACACAAUUGCAACAGAAUAAACAUUUUCCGUUAGCGAGUGCAGGUCAAUUGGAGAACGUUGACAAGGCGGAGCACAUUUACAGUAAAUAUCUUCGGGCCAAUAGCAAAUGGAAAUCGUUGAUAUAUCAAAAACGUUAUUUGAUUUGCGUUAUUGCAAGUUAUGAAAUUUCGGAGGAAAAUACAUUUGCGAUGCUUGCUCAAUUAACGCAAAAGGAACGAUUACAUGCUAAAAAGGAUCAUCAACGUAAAAGGCCCAUCGUUCGUUUUAAAAGUGCUGUUCUUGUAAUAAUUAGUAUACAUCGAAUGAAGUGGCUGAUUAUACGAUGGCGAACGGGUAGACGUAUAGGUGCUAACAUGCUAAUAGGAAAUCAAAAUCAAUCGUUUGUCCCUCCUAUUCGAUUUACAACGUUAAAUCAUUCACCACCGAUAAGAGAAAAAUCAAUAUUCGAGAAAGACCCUGGCGUUAGCGGUUUCGAUCUUGAACAAUAUUAUCAGCGAUUAAAAAAUAUUCAGCAAAAACUUGGAUUAGCCGUGAUAGAGCCGGGAGCUGUCGAUGAUAAUAUAUCAUCCGAAUAGUAUUAUAUAUUUAUAGUGUGUAUUAGAGGAUCAACAGGUACACUGUGUUGUUGUUGUCUUUUUUUUUUUUUUUUCUUUUUUUUUCUAUAUAUAUAUAUAUAUAUAAAGCACAUACACGAUAUAAGAAGUUCGUGACUGUGAUUUGAGAUUAGUGUAUCAUCGUCAUCAUCAUAUUUGAGAAUGUCGCGCUACAAAUUGAUUAAGGAUUAUAAUAAGGUUGCUAUUUUUUACCAGGUAGCAUGAACAAUUUCCUUAUUAUAUACGCGUCCGUUAUCUGUACAUUUUGUUAUUUCUCAUUAGAUAAUACUUUAUUAUAUCGCAAUCGAAUAGUUUUUGAUAAGAAGAACACCAAGUAAAUUUUUCUUUUGAUUUUUCAAACGUGCGAUAUAUUGAAUAUUAAAGAGACUGUAUAUAAAUUUUAACGUAAACAAAACAUAAUAUCGAGACAUAAUAUUGUUUUAGAAACGGAUAAACAUAUUUUACAUUUAAGAAGAAAGAAAGAAAGAAAGAAAGAAAGAAAGCAAGCAAGCAAGCAAGAGAAAGCUAUAAUUUUUUCUUUUAUUUUUUUUUAUUUUUUUUCAUUUUUUUUUUUUUUUUUUCUCGAGAAUUUUUACUUCUCUAACUCUUGUGCUCAUCUCUAAUCGUGUCAUUUUACCAAAGCUAUAUAAUUUGUAGGAUAAUAUUUGUUUGUAGUAUUACGUAUCACAAGCCUCCUGAAAGUGCAAACUUGUGCCUUGUAUAUUAUAAUACACGAUUGCUAUUUAUUUAUGAACUUUCUCCCUCUACGAAGUUUUUUAUAUUGUGAAUAAAAUGUAUAACAAGUGAAUUUUA